CGCUUUUCUCAAGCGGGCGCGCGCGGCGUUCCAGGGACGCUCUUUCCUCCAGCGGGCUGGUCACCCAGUCAAACUUACUACCCCCCAAAUCCCCCCCAGCCACUUUCCGCAUGUAACCACUCAGAGGUUACAUUUGCCUUUAAGACCAUCUUCCAGUUUCUGCUGCAUAUUUCGUAAGGGGCUGCGAGUCUGGGAUCUCUCGUUUUACUGUUUUUAAGCGUCACGCGAUUUUAUUAGGCUAUGGCAUCUUGUCAGCAGUCGAGGAUUGAAGCAUACCUGGAAAAGAAUAAAAUCGGUCCUCUCUUCGAGGAGAUGAUGACCAGGCUGAUCAGUGAGACGCCCGACCAUCCGGUUCCGUUCCUGAUAAGUCACCUGGAGGGCAGGCAGGGUGGUUCGGCGUCGCUGCACAGGGUCCUGCUCGGUCCAGCUGCACUCUGGGCCCAGUCGCCCAGCGCUGGGUCACGACGUGACCUGAAAGGGCAUGAGAAACCAUGGCAGGAUCAUCCCAGAAAGCCCAAAAAGUCCAAGAGUGACCUGGAGGUGUGCACUCUGUCACCCCCUUCGUCUGAGUCCAAGUCCUUGUCGAGGUUGGGAGAGCGGUCUUCCCAGGAUUCCUGGUCCCGAUCUGACAGCCAUGACUUUGAUGAGCUCAAUCACAUCCUGCUGGAAAGCAAGAAGUUGGGAAAAGCCCUGGAAAGCCUCUCCCGCAGCUUGGCAGCGUCAGAUGAACUUGACCAGGCCUUUAACUCCGCCUUGCAACGGCCUCGAGUGAUUGGCCGGUGGACUGGCCGUGCAGACAGUGAUACCGAUCCACUGGCUUCAGAGAUGCUCCAUCCACCUUUACCCAGGGCCCACAGAGAGACCAGUGAGCCAAUAGUGAGCCUGAAGAUGGUAACGAAAAGCAGGAGCCUGAAACAGCAGCAGCUGUAUCAUAAGAAACAGCUGGCGGCCAUGUUGUCUCAGGAGUCCUGCAACUCGACAGGUAGCCUCUAUGUCUCAGACUCAGACAUUGAUGAUGAAGAUGAAGCCAUGGAACUGAUGGAGGACCUGGAUGAUCUACGGAUGGAGGGCGUGACCAACCUAACGCCAAGCCGCACCAAGGCCAGCCACGGGCGUGGCUCCCAAAACCCCCAACCCCAGGCCAAGCUAACCCUCAACAUCUGCUCCAGGUGUGCCAGACUUCAGGGGGACGGUCUUGCGGACACAAGAGAAGAGGAGUCUCGUGCCCAGGAAGUACCCGAAGUCCAGUACCCAGUUCCAGAGCUGAGGACGUCUGUGGAGGAAGGUGAGAGUCUGUCUCAAGUCAGAAGACCAGGUGCACCUGGCUGGUCCUCUGGGUUUGCACCAAUCAGGGACUGGAGUUCUAUGGGGCUGACCCAGCUGGGGGAAAUGGCAAACGGGGGUGGACACACUGCAGAUCUGGAGAAAGAGGUUGCCAAGGCGACUGAGGAGAAACCAGGGAGGGGUCCCCGCAGUCCCCUGAGCAGUUUGCUCCCGCCACCCCCCCUCGCCCUCCAAAAUUUGCCCCUGUCAGAACAACUGUCCAAGCUGACAAGUCCCCUCCCCAUUCUGGGAAACAAACCCACCUCCCUGCUCCUAGGGCCUCUACACAUGCCCACCAACAGCAGCAGCAGAGCGAGGACGCCAAGUGGGUCCCUGGUCCUGCCACCGGUCACGCCCGCCGGCCACCUCAACCAGGCCGGAAGUCCAGAUGCCUUUCUGCAGAAGAGUAGGACUGUCACACCCACCAGUCACUCAGGGUGGGGCAGAACUCUGACGUCAACCAGUCAGAUUCAGCGAAGCAGACCUACCACACCCACAAAUCAGGCUGGGUGGAGCAUACCUACCACCCCCCCUAAACAAUCUGUAUGGGGUAUUCCUGCCACACCCACUAAACAAUGUGGAUGGGAUAUUCCUACCACACCCCUGAAACAAACUGGAUGGGACAUUCCUACCACACCCCUCAAACAAACUGGAUGGAGCAUUCCUAGCACACCUACCAGUCAAGGCGGGUGGAACAUUCCAAUGACACCCACCAAACAAACUGGGUGGAGUGUACCUAACACGCCCACCAAACAAACUGGGUGGAGUGUACCUAACACGCCCACCAAACAAGCUGGGUGGAGCAUGUCAAGCACAUCCACCAAACAAGCUGGGUGGAGUGUCCCUAACACUCCCACUAAACAAGCUGGGUGGAGUAUAUCAAGCACACCCACCAAACAUGCUGGGUGGAGCGUUCCUAACACACCCACCAAACACGUGGGGUGGAGCGUACCCAGCACGCCCACUAAACAAGCUGGGUGGAGUAUAUCAAGCACACCUACCAAACAAGUUGGGUGGAGCCUUCCUACAGCACCCUCAAAACAUGUUGGAUGGAGCAUUCCUAGUACACCAACCAAUCAGGGUGGAUGGAACAUACCUACAACUUCCACCGAUAAGCCUGGGAGGAGCCGGUCAGUCACACCUACCAAUCAGGCUGGGCGGAGCCGAUCUGUGACACCAACCAAUCAGACUGGGAGAAGCAGAUCGGUCACACCUACCAAUCAGACUGGGAGGAGAGGCUCCAUCACACCAACCAAUCAGACUGGAAGGAACAGAUGUGUUACGCCCACUGAUCCAACUGGCCUGAUUACUCCAGCAGGUUCCAACAAUGAGGUCUUAUGGCCGACUGACAGUCCAAACUCCAUUCUUUCAGAGGCUGAAUUCUACCAGCAGCUACAGGCCAUGAAGCAACCUUGGAUUUUGCCCAGUGACACGGAGAGCGAGGAUGGCGUGACGGGACCCGAACCAGUCUCUUCUCUGGGUAGCAGUCAGGGGUGGCGGUAACUGGAUUCGCAGAUUCCCCCCUCAUUCUGUCUCAGGAAACCGGAGGCCUGAGGACCAACUGAUCCACUAACUCCAGUGUUAGCAGCUGAGCAUGUUAAGUGUCGGAGGUCAGGAGACAAAGCAUGGUUUUAUUUACAACUACA